ACAUCAGAAUACUUUAGUAGAUAUGAGAUAAUGACUGAAUUUAUCAAUCUAAGAAACCCAAACCAUUGUCCCCUGGGUGUCUAUGUGAUGCCAUCAGCAGAGGAUCUCUAUGUAUGGCAUGGUGUGUUAUUCAUACACAAAGGAUAUUAUCGAUCUGGCACAUUUAGAUUUUGUUUAAAUAUACCAAAGGAUUACCCAAACAACCCACCUUCAGUCACUUUCUCCAAAGAUGUCUUUCAUCCCCUCGUAGAUGACUAUGGCAAUGUUUGUAUAUCUCAACAGUUUCCUAAAUGGAGACCUUAUCAAGAUUAUAUAUUCCAUGUACUUCAUUAUCUGAAAAAUAUGUUCAAGAAGGUCAUGUUACUCGAAUUGACGCAAAAUGAUAGAUACCGUACAGACAAACCCAUUUUUCAUAAACUAGCACAACAAUGUGCUCAACUGUCAAUAACAGAAUCAUUCUUAUUCGAACAUGUUCCAGAAGAUAAUAUGAUUCGGUUUUCACCUUUAAGUGAAUCAAAAUUUGAUGAAUUGAAAGCACAAAUAUUGAGCACUGCCACUGUAAGUUGA